UUCCAGUUAUUGAAGAAUUAUCAGAAGUGGAGAAUUGAAUGCCCAGAAAUAAGCGCAGAUUUACAACCAUCUUCUGUUCUUGGUCUUUUGCAAGCUGGCUAUCAUGGAGUCCUAAGGUCAAGAGACCCACAUGGAAGCAAAGUUCUAAUAUACAGAAUUGGACAAUGGGAUCCCAGUUUAUUUACAGCAUACGAUGUGUUUCGUGUAAGUCUCAUCACAUCUGAACUCAUUGUAAAGGAGAUCGAGACGCAGCGAAAUGGAGUCAAAGCCAUCUUUGACCUUCAAGGGUGGAGAUUUGCUCAUGCUUUUCAAAUCAGUCCAGCAGUGGCCAAGAAAAUUGCUGCUGUUCUCACAGAUUCCUUUCCACUGAAAGUUCGAGGUAUCCACUUGAUUAAUGAGCCUUUAUUCUUCCACCCAGUCUUCGCUCUAAUUAAGCCUUUUCUCACUGAAAAAAUAAAGCAACGGGUGUACAUGCAUGGAAAUAACUACUUGCAGAGUCUGACAGAGCACUUCCCCAUCAGCAUUCUCCCACAGGAGUAUGGGGGAGAGGAAGUCUCCUUUGAAGAGCUGGCCAAGGAAUGGACUGACUUCAUAAUGGCAUCUUCAGAUUAUCUUCAAAGCAUUUCUCUGGUUGCCUGGGAAUAACCUUGAUACAGUAUUUUAUCAAUUCUUGAACACUGGAAUUGGAAAUAAGUUUAAUAUGAAAACUUCCAUUGUGAAUGAAAUUAGUAUGUCUUUGCAGGGCACUCACUGAAUGUUAUAUUGGCUGCACUUCUAUACUAACUGGAGUGUAUCAGUUUGUAUGUCUGAAGAGAUUAAUGAAUAUUACAUAUUUGUUGCACUGUUUUUAAUUGAGUAACUUGUAUGCCAGAAAGCUGAAGCGUGCAUUGGACGCGAGAUUGAUACUGCUGCUGUUGGGUCUUUGGAGACGACUCAUCUGUAAUAAUGCAGUGCAGAACCUUAUGCUUAGCUCUUGUGCCUAGGCUUGUCAAGACAGUAGGAUGCAAAACAAAGAACAGACUGUGAAUAGGGUGGAGUAGUUUGUUGCAGAAACAAAACUAUGGGGCAAAUUUACAAAGAGUGAAGAGGCUGCUUUUUGGAUUGAUUCUCAGGGAAAAAUGCUGUUUUGUUAGUUUGUGUCAAAUUGGAAAUUAGUCAUGAAUAGUGAGACAUUUGUGUUACUCUUUGUGCUGCUUGUGCAGCUUCCCUUUUUGUGCUAAUUAACUGGGUAGUCUUCAAGUUUUACAGAGAGAACACCAUGUAUGUAUCCUUCAAAGGACAGUGUGAAUCAGGGGAAGGAACUGGUAAGAGUCAAUAACCUUGAAAAUUCUUAUUUUCUUUCUUCAAAGUCAUACUGUCUACAACUAUAAACAACUCAGAUUAUUAUCCUUUAAUCCCUGGAGUGGAAGACUACAGAGGUCAAAAGUUUUCAGCUGUUUGCAUUAUCUGUUUGUUUCAGGGGGUAAAGUAGGUUAUCCUUUGCAGAUCUGAACUUUAGAAAUAUCUGUUGUAUGUUUUAAGGGUGCUUUGAGGUCACUGGACUUCAGCAUAGGAGAUGCUUGGUAUCGUCAUUCUAUUUUCAGUACAGUAGCUGACAACUUGCCAGUCUGUUUGCUGCUAGACACUGAAAGAAAUUAUUUUUAAUUUCCAUUGAGACUAUAUCUUCAUUUAUCUAGGGGUACUAAAAAAAAAAGAUCUCCGUACUUACUGAAAACAGGUUUUUGUUUUGUUUUGAAGGCGCAUUGUUGGCAUAUGAAUACUGCAUGUGUACAAGUUAUCACUCACUACACAGCAGUAUUAUGCUAUAAUCCCCUGUAUUUAGUAAUCUCAACCAUUAUUUUACUCUCUCAUCUUUUUCCUAAAAUCUGUUAGUACACCAACUGCUUUACCCAGUUCUUAACUCAGUUUUGCUUUUGCAUAAGCACUAUAUAUUUAAGCAUUCCAUAUGAAUUUUCCUAUAAAUGAAUCUAUAAAAAAUGCUUUCAUCUCAGGUAGUUAGAAAUCGUAACUUCAGUUGUUUUGUAAUCUUUAGGGUAUUGGGAUAGUAUAUAGGCACAGGGGACACAAAUGAAACUAUCCUAUUAUAUUAGAAAUAUCUUUCUUUAGAUUAUGAUUAAUAAGGCAUUAUUGUAAGAGUCAUUGGAAACUAUUCUUUAUUAGCAAGAGGAUCAUCUGUGAAAGACCCAUUAGAGUACUUGUUGAUUGUAGUUUCUUCUUCUAUGGUAAGAUCAAUGCCAGAAAUUCUUUCAAAACUAA